ACCCGAGCCCCAGACCCCAAGCUCGGGGCUCCAUCGGGCCGGCGAGCGGCGCUGAGCGCAGGGGCGGGGCCGGGGCCCCUCAACUUUUCCUGGACCCGGGGCGUCGGCAGCGGCCGCCGGGCGCCGGGGGGCCGGCCGGAGUGGGGACCCCAGACCCAGAAGGGGGCUUCCGGGAGACAAAGGCUCUGACCUGGGGCUGUGGGCGUGGGCCGGCGCCUCCGGGGUCUUUGUGCGGACACGUGCAUGUCGCGUUUGUGGGUCUUUGUGAAUUGGGGUCUGGAGACGUGCGUCUGCCUGUGCCUUUGUGUGUCCGUGAUCUGGGGAGGCUGUUUCGCGCCUGUAUCCCUGUUUCGUGGGCCCGGUUUGGUUGUCGGUGUUGGUGGGAGCAUCGCCGUGUCCGCGUACGUGGUCUGCGCCUGUCGACGUGUCUGGAUUGGGUGUCCGUGGAGUGUGUGUGCGCAGAGAGCCAGACACCGCCCCAAGUCCUCGCUCCCCUGCUGUCCACCCGGGGCCCCGACUUGGCUUCAAACUUUUCUCCCGGUUCCUCAGCAACGGCCCCCCAUCCUCCUCCCCCUGCAGCCCGGGCGAGGGGCGCUGGCAGCCCUCCCCUCAUUCAACUCCAGGGGCCCUGAGAGCCACGACGGGGUGGGAUAGGAUUGGUGGGUGAGGGCAUCAGCAGCGCCUGGGGACUGACCCGAGAAGGGUGAGCAGAGCCUGCCGGACACCGCAGCUGGGAGGAGAGAGCCCCCACCAUGCCGUGGCCUCUGCUGCCACCCCUGCUGCUCUUGCUGGCCGCCAGCAGGGCCCAGGCCACGCGGCCCUGCUUCCCAGGGUGCCAGUGCGAGGUGGAGACCUUCGGCCUCUUUGACAGCUUCAGCCUGACGCGGGUGGAUUGCAGCGGCCUGGGCCCCCACAUCGUGCCCGUGCCCAUCCCUCUGGACACGGCCCACCUGGACCUGUCCUCCAACCGGCUGGAGACGGUGAACGAGUCGGUGCUGGCGGGGCCGGGCUACACCACGCUGGCCGGCCUGGAUCUCAGCCACAACCUGCUCACCAGCCUCUCGCCCACCGCCUUCUCCCGCCUCCGCUACCUGGAGUCGCUGGACCUCAGCCACAACGGCCUGGCUGCCCUGCCGGCCCAGAGCUUCACCAGCUCGCCCCUGAGCGACGUGAACUUGAGCCACAACCGGCUCCGAGAGCUCUCGGUGUCCGCCUUCGCCACGCACAGCCAGGGCAGGGCGCUGCACGUGGACCUCUCGCACAACCUCCUCCAGCGCCUGGCGCCCCACCCUGCACGCGCCAGCCUGCCCGCACCCACCAUCCAGAGCCUGAACCUGGCCUGGAACCGCCUCCGCGCCGUGCCCGACCUCCGGGACUUGCCCCUGCGCUACCUGAGCCUGGACGGGAACCCGCUGGCGGCCAUCGGCCCCGGGGCCUUCGCGGGGCUGGCGGGCCUCACGCACCUGUCGCUGGGCGGCCUGCAGGGGCUCCCCCAGCUGGCGCCCCACGGCUUCCGGGAGCUGCGGGGCCUGCAGGUCCUGGACUUGUCAGGCAACCCCAAGCUCACGUGGGCCGGAGCCGAGGUGUUUUCGGGCCUGGACUCCCUGCAGGAGCUGGACCUGUCGGGCACGGCCCUGGUGCCCUUGCCCGAGAAGCUGCUCCUCCACCUGCCAGCACUGCAGAGCGUCAGCGUGGGUCAGGGCGUGUGGUGCCGGCGCCUGGUGCGGGAGGGCACCUACCCCCGGCAGCCCGGCUCCACCCCCAAGGUGGCCCUGCACUGCAUAGACACCGGGGAGCCGGCUCCUGGGGGCCCGGAUAUCUUGUGACAAACGGUGGGACCUGGGCCAUGUCACGGACUGCACCCUGGGCUUCCUCAGGUCCUGGGUAACUUAUAUUUUAAUGUGCCAAUGCCCACGGGGACUCUGCAGGCCUACGUGGCAGCAUCAUUGAAAGUGAGGCUUUGGACCUGGGACCUGCCCGGGAGCUAAGUCUGGUCCCUUUGUCUCUGUUGCUCCCCAGAUCAGCCGAGGGUCUUCGAUGCCAAACCAGACAGCAGUCCCCUGCUGUCCUUCCCCACUUUUCCCCAAAGUGCCUUCCCUGGGCCCUGGACCAGCCUGACCUGUGACAGGAGGGUGGGAGGCACGUAGUGCUCGGGGGCAAGAGGUCAGGCCCAGCCACUGGGGCCCGGGUUUCUUUUAGGACAGAGCCCUCUCUUUGCUGUGGGCGUAAGGCCCACUUCAUCCUUUUUUCUUCCCCUGGAACUCUGGGUGGAACUUCAGUUAUGGAAAGGACUGGAAAAAAAAAAAUCAAAUCCGCCUCCUCAUGUGGCAGGUGGGGAAACGGAGGCCUAGAAAAGGACACAUGCUCAUCUGAGGUCCCGUGGUGGCAGAGGCAUGACUGGACCCAGUGCCCCGCCUCCAGCAGGGCCCCUUUGCUCUCUGCUCUAGCUCAUGCCCUCCCGCUUCUCUUUCUAGGCGCCCCCCUUGCUUCCAGGAUCCGCAUCCUGCCGUAGGUGCCCUGUCCCUGCCAGCCCCAGGAGGACAGGCCAGGGCUGCGGAGUGGGACUCGGGGCCCAGUAGCCAGCUCUGUGGCACAGGCUACGUCAAGUCACUUUACCUCGGAGCCUCUGGAAGCUUUAGGUAUGCCAGUCCCAGCCCUGCCAGUUUCCCACUGGGGUGGGGUCCCCCAGCACCAAGAACGGAAAUGCACCCAUUGGCCCCUGAGGUACCGCCUCCAGGCAGUCCCCCAAGGAGCAGACGCAGCCCUGGAGCCCCGCCAGGCCCUGAGCUCCGGGGGGCCUCCUGGAUUCACCCCCCCACCCCUGCCCGGCCAGAUCCCCAGCAGCCCAUCUCAUCCUACUGAGAAAACAGCGGAGGAAGCAGGGUAGCCUCCCGCUCCAUGUUUUUGCUCCGCCACCAGCGGGCAUCUCAGCUUCUCAGCCCUGGGCUCUUUCCUUAGUAUGGGUUUUAUAAAAGUUGUUGCCUUUUAUAAUGGACUGUCACUUUCAGCCACCCCACCCCCGUCCAGGCCCCUGCUGGCAGGGAAUGGAAACGUGUCAUUUGUAAAAGAUGAAAAGCAUUGCGUUUGUUCA